GAUGUUAUUUUGUUUAAUAUUUACUUGAUAGUAAAAUUUCUGUAGGUCUUUACAGAAUGUUGCUUUUAGUGUUAAGUGCAAUUUUUUGUACUACCUUGUCUACGGCACUGGAUAUUCCCGACGGUAUGGCGACUGAUAUGAUGAAAGAAGUUACAGGUUGCAUAGAUAAAACUAAAAUCGAUUUCGAACUUUUGCUAAAACUAAAGGAAGGAGUUUUCGAGGACAAUCCGAAAGUUAAGGAAUUUUUGGUGUGCUUGUAUAAAAACUUGGGAGGUUUCAACGGAAAUAACGAAUUGCAAACUGAUUUUAUAAAACAGAAAAUGCAAAUGGUAUCAGGCGAGUCCAAGAUUGUCGAUGAAAUUGUGAAAAAGUGUGUAAUACAGAAGAAGACGCCCGAGGAAACAGCUUUCGAAUGUUCUAAGUGCGUGUAUAAUGCGUUGCCCGAAGAGGAGAAAAAAUCUAUGAAGGAAACUUGAACUUUGUAUUGAAUACUUCUCUGUUUGUGAAUAAAUUUUG